AUGUCCGCAAUCCCCAACGUUCCGGAAGAUAUCAUCCGCUCUCAGUCCAGUAAUGCCGAUGCGGCUUUAACACAUUUGCUCAAGGCAAAGGAGAGCGCAGUACAUGUCGAACACGUCGAGGAUGCCUCUAGGCCCAGUACGAACGGCCAAACCAACGGGGUUCAUACUAGCAACAGGGUCAAAUCAGAAUCACCUUGGCUACUACAUGACGCACCGGUUGAAAACCAGAGGCACAUCAGAGUUAUCGUUAUUGGAGCAGGGUAUUCGGGCGUCUAUUGUGGGAUUAGGAUACCGGAACGAAUGAGAAACUGUGAAUGUGAGUUCAUUGCUCGUCACUGGCACACAUACAUUGGGUGCCUGCUGAUACACACCCUUCAGUGGUCAUUUACGAGAAGAAUGCCGGUAUAGGCGGCACGUGGUAUGAGAAUCGGUACCCUGGCGCUGCCUGCGAUAUCCCCUCCCACAGCUAUCAAUUCAGUUUCAAUCCCAAGCCGGACUGGUCAGCAUUGUAUGCUCCUUCAUGGGAGAUUCGAGAUUAUAUCCAGGAGACGGCACGCAAAUAUGGCGCUGAUCGGUUUAUGAAGCUACAACACGAGGUGAAGGAGUGUACUUGGGACCAGGAAGCUGGAAAGUGGCAUGUGGAGGUCAAGAAGCCCGGUGGCGAGAGGUUUGAAGACACCUGCGAUGUCCUCAUCUCGGCGCGUGGCCUUCUGAACAACAAGCAAUGGCCAUCGAUCGACGGGCUGUGGGACUUCAAGGGUGAGGUCAUGCACUCAGCCUCCUGGAACGAAGACUAUGAUUUCCAGGGCAAAAAGAUUGGGAUCGUUGGAUCUGGCAGUAGUGCCAUUCAAAUCAUCCCCAAACUGCAACAGAUGCCCCAGACGCAUCUCAAUUGCUUCAUCCGUAGCAAGACGUGGAUCUCGCCACCUCUGGGACAAGGGACAAUGGAACAGCUCGGCAUGGGCCAACAGCUUCAAUUCACAUCGGAACAGAUUGAAAAGUUUCAAAAGGACCCGGAGGCAUGGUUCCGGUUCCGGAUGAAGCUGGAAAGUGAUGCGAAUAAGAUCCACGCGCUGACGUUGAAGGGAACGAAGAUGCAGGUAGAAGCCCAGAAGGCGUUUGAUGAGGGCAUGAAGAGUCGACUGAAGAGCAAACCGGAGUACUACGACUGGUUGAGACCGGAUUUCGCCCCGGGAUGCAGGAGGUUGACGCCUGGCCCCGGAUUCCUCGAAGCGCUCGUGCAGGAUAACGUGUCUUUUAUUCGGGAUCGGACCUCUCGGGUCACGGAGAGGGGGAUCGUGACCGAGGACGGGAAACUCCACGAGAUCGACGUGCUCGUCUGCGCCACGGGGUUCUAUGCCAGUGCCGCUCCGCCUUUCAAGGUUUCCGGUCUCGACGGAUACACGAUGCAGGAACACUGGCACGAUCGAGCGACGAAUUACCUAUCCUUGGCGACGGAUGGGUUUCCGAACCACUUCUUCAUGCUCGGGCCGAAUGGGGCGAUUGGGGAAGGAAGCCUGACCAUGAUGAUUGAGAGCACGGGCGAUUACAUUGUGAAGGCGAUUCGAAAAUUGCAAAAAGAUAAUCUCAAGAGCAUGGUGAUUAAGCCGGCGAGGGUGAGGGACUUCACCCGGUAUUGCGAUGCGUACUUCGAGGGGACCGUUUACAAGGAUGAUUGCAACUCCUGUAUGGCUUGCUCCCUCCCCCGAUUCCACCACAUCACCUUCUGAACCGCUACUGAUUUCCCAACCAGGGUACCGCAAGAACGGCCAAGGCGUCCCGUCAGAGCAUGUCACCGGCCUUUGGCCCGGCAGUACUUUGCAUUGCAUCGAAGCACUGCGGAGUCCGCGCUGGGAAGACUACGAGUAUGAAUACAUUGCGGAAGAGAACGGGGCCGAGGUGAAUCAGAUGGGAUGGCUAGGGAAUGGAUGGGGAGUCAAUCAGCUGGGAUGCAAUUUGCGUGAAGAAGAUUUGGCCUUCUAUCUCAUGCCGAUGUUCCAAGAACGCGACAUCGGCGUCCCCGAAGCGGGAAGGCCGGAAAGCAACGAGCAGUAUAGACUGAGGCCUUGGUCGUAUUGA